AUGUUUGUGGUGCGGGGCAUUCCCUUGGCAUUUACCUUCGUGAUAGCGAGUGGUGAGCUACCUGACAGCUCGGAUGCGAUUCAAUGGCUGAAGGAUUGUCAAGGAAGUUUCUCGAAGAAAUUGCAGAUUGGUGCAUCGCAUGGACGGGGCAUUUUCGCCGCCGAAACCAUUUCGCCACAGCUAUUGAUCUCGGUGCCAUCCAGGUGCAUUCUGUUUGAUGAGACCAUCGAACAUGAGUCAGAGGAAGUGUCAGAUGUUGCGCGGUACUUGCGCGGAAACGAGACGGCGAAGAAGUUGUCCAACAAACUUCUGCUGACAGCCUUCAUCAUGCAGCAGCUCGUCUUAACGAAACCAUCCACGCGAUUUGCACCUUACCUGCUGGAUCUACGCAAGAGUUUUCCAGCAACCGUCCCGGAGAUCCCACUCUUUUGGACCAAAGAAGACAAAGCGGAAUUGAAAGGCACUUCCGCAUUAACAGAGCUUCCCAAGAUGUUUCGAGCCAUUGGCCAAGAGUAUGAAGUGUUGAAAUCAGCAUCGCCAGCUUUGGCAGCUAAGCAUGGACUAGCAGAAUUUCAGGCUGCCUAUGCUUUCGUUGCGACUCGCACCUUUACUUUGCAAACGGAUCCUCCAGUGGCAGCUCUGUAUCCGAUGAUUGAUUUGGUGAAUCAUGGCGUCAACAUGCCCGAAGUCGGGAAACACCAGGAUAUUUCAGCCAUGGAGACUGGUAGUGCUAUGGUGGAAAUUCAGCAAAACACUGGUGACUUCAAUGCCCUGUUGAAGUCGCAACAAACCAUCGCAAAGGGCGAGGAAGUGAGCAUCACUUACGGACUGUUCAGCAACACGCACUUGCUACUGAAGUAUGGCUUCGUGAGCCCCUGGCUCCACAAUUCCACUUGUUUGACGAAGAUCAAAUUGGAAUUUCAAGCAGUGGAUCAUUUUCGGAUUUUUCGGGAUCCCAAUGAUCCGAAUCCCUUGGGCAAAGCCAUCGGCAAAAACAUUGUCUUUACUCUGGAUGCGUGCCCGGGUGAAGGCACCUGGCUGAAGGCGCUCAGCUUUGCGCGUAUUUGGCGCAGUCGCCAUGCGGAGCGUUGCAUGGAUCCCAGCGACGUAUGGACAGAAUGGCAUUUGGACAUCGAGUGCGAAUGGCUGCUGCCGGAAGAAGAGAUGGCUGCCCUGGAAGAUCUCAGUGCAGCACUGGCGCAGGCGUGGUCACGCUAUCCAGGAGGCUCCCUGGAAGAAGAGGAAAAACUUCUUCAAAAGCGUUUGACCAGCAAAAGACGUACGGCGAUCGUUGUGCGCAGAGAUGAGAAGUACACCCUGUGGAAACUGCAACGCUUCAUUGAUGAUGCCAAAAGCCGUCUGGAACGCCUCAAACGAGACACUUCCAACGAUCGAAGCUGGGUUGGCCAGAGCCAUCCAGAGCCAAAAACGGAUGAGACUGCGGAGCAGGUAGCCAAGCAGAAUCAAGCAGAUGCCCGCAACUCAGAAAGAGAACAACGGAGGACUGCGAAGCAGACCUUCGUCUGCCACUUGGGUCAGAAUGCGAGGGAUGGGGUGGAGGAGGACAAAGCGCUGAAGAAAAGAUUGCAAGCGCUCAGGGAAAGCCAGAGCUUUGGCCAAAGGGCUAUGCACGUUCUUCCUGUCCAACGAUUACAGGCCUUACGUAGGGCAACCAACAAAAUGGGCUACGAGAGGUAUGUCACCUACCUGCCAGCUGCAGCACUGGCAUACCCAAGGUGCUCGCGCCGCAAGGCUUGGAGAUCCCCCAUGGAAUGGAUGGAUGAAGGUACUUCCAUCGUACAGCCGGGCAGUUCAUGGAACUCCUUUAGGCCGCAAGAUAUCGGCAUGGGGAUGGUACCAGUGAGAUCCAAAUUGGAGGCCUCUUCAGCUUUCAAACAAGCUAUGGCUUUGGAGGCCACUCUGCCUUUCAUGGAAGCAGCUGUAACUGGCCUUUGCGCUUCCUACCCACCUGGUUGCGUCAUGGCGCUGUGCGCUGCUGUCCGACAUCGUUGGCUUCAGCUUCCCAAAGAGGAGCAGCGGUCCUUGUUGCUGACACUGCGGCAGCUACGGUACCUGGAAGCCAGCAUGCCAGCUCUGGUGGCUGGUGCCCUGUCGGUUGGUAGUGGUCCAGUCUUGGGGGCAGCAGGGCUUGAACGAAAACAAGUGGAGGCAGCCUUCGGCCAGGGAGUUGCCACCCUGUUGGUUGAGUUGCAACAGUUUGUCGCAAUUGAACGCACCUUGCGGAGCUCGGGGGAUCUAUCCCCUGGCAAGGUUGACCUGGCCAUGUCGUUGUUCACGGCCCAGCAGUCGCAAAGCCGGUCGACGGAAUCUCUGAUCGUGUUCCUGGCCAAUAAGGCUGCGGAGCUUCGAUUAUUUUCAAUGCGAGGACCUUUCGCCACGAUCCACCAGUUGUCCAAGUAG